AUGUCUGAUCCUUAUGCCCAACGCCCACACUACGCUCCUCCUGGUCCUGGACCCGAGGCGAACUUCUACGCGCCCGCAGAUAGCCUAUACCAAAAUCCACCGUACGAUUAUGAACCCCAAAAUCCUUAUUCGCAGCAAUUCCCUCCGAGUCAAAACUACCAGUAUGGCUCGCAGUAUGACUUAGCACAAACGCCGAGGUCUUAUCCCCCCCAAAUGUCGGGCCCGCAACAGAACUACCUCAACCCAGCUUCUGCGGAGGGCUUUGAGCAAGAAAGAAACCGUCGAGGAAGUAACGCUGAUUAUUACAACGUGCCCACCGAUGAACAAGAUCGGCACCAUCCUCCAAGCUCUCGUCCCCAAGAAUCCAACAACACUUCCGACAACGAGGGAACUGAGCGCAACCUGGCAGGGGCACUUGCUGGUGGUGCUGGAGGCUAUUAUUUGGGGCAUCAAAGUAACCAUGGCCUUCUAGGAGCUAUGAUGAUGAGCACGAUCAUCAUCAUCACCACCACCAUCACCAUGGACAUCAUCAUCACCGUCACAAACAUCGUCACGGCCAUCGCCAUCAUAGUCAUCAUCGUCAUCAUCGCAGUCAUUCUCGGCACAGUAGCCAUAGCGGCAGCUGCUGAUUGGAAACCUUCCUAG